AUGGGCCCCUGUACCGCCUCCUCAUGCUGCUGCCAGGCCCCUAAUCUGCCAUGGGCCCCUAUACCGCCUCCUCAUGCUGCUGCCAGGUCCAGAGUCUCUCAUGGGUCCCUGUACGGCCUCCCAUUGCUGCUGUCUCCAUCGCCACACUCUGCCAUGUGCCACUUUCAGGUCUCCUCACACUGCUGGUGUGUUCCAUUUUUUGUCAUAGGGUGCUGGCAGAUUACGGGCCUCCCAUAGCUGCUGCCAGGCCCCUAAUCUGCCAUGGGCCCCCUGUACCGCCUCCUCAUGCUGCUGCCAGGUCCACAGUGUCUCAUGGGUCCAUACGGCCUCCCAUUGCUGCUGUCUCCAUCGCCACACUCUGCCAGUGCCACUUUCAGGUCUCCUCACACUGCUGGUCCCAUUUUUUGUCAUAGGGUGCUGGCAGAUUACGGGCCUCCCAUAGCUGCUGCCAGGCC